AUUGUAGCUAGCUGACGGUGAACAACACGUACGCUGCCAGCAAAAAAGUAGACGAAAACAUCACGUAGGCCUUAUCUAGUUGUAAAUAUAAAUUGGUGUUCUACAGAAGACGUACACAUAUUUGGUUUUAUUUAAACGCUAACAGUCGACCUGGUAAACUGCGAUUGAUCCAGAGACGUAUUGUGUCUCACCAAAGAUAGCUAGUGACAGACCUGGUAUAACUGGAAACCAUUCUCUGAUAUUCGAACAAGAUGUUCGAGUCCUAUCAGGAAGAGGUGUUAGAGGUCCAUGAGAUUGUUGUCCCUCAUCUCGGGACACUUCCGAUCCUCAAAGGUGACUUCAAUCUGCUAGGCGAGAAAGUCAAGAAGUUCAUUGGCAAAUACGUACAAGUGUGUAAGCCCAGAGCAUUGUAUAUAUGUGAUGGAACUCAACCCGAAGCAGACGAGGUCACACAAAAACUGGUGGAGCGGGGAACUCUCACCCAACUCACCAAGUAUGAGAACUGCUGGCUAUGUCGAACUGAUCCCGCUGACGUAGCAAGAGUUGAAUCUAAAACGUGGAUUGUGACUGAGGAUAAGUACAAGACUGUACCACAUGUACGUGAAGGUGUAAAGGGAAUACUGGGACAAUGGCAGUCUCCAGAGGGUAUGGAGAAGGAAAUGAGUACACGUAUCCCAGGAUGCAUGGCAGGAAGAACCAUGUACGUGAUUCCAUUCAGCAUGGGCCCUAUUGGGGGCCCCAUCAGUAAGAUCGGCGUCCAGCUCACCGACUCUAACUACGUAUUGCUGUGUAUGAGGAUUAUGACCAGGGUACAUCACAAGAUCUGGGAACACAUCGGCAACGAUGACUUUGUCAGGUGUGUCCACUCCAUGGGCUGUCCAAGACCUGUCCAAAGAAAAGUUACCAACCACUGGCCUUGUAAUCCCGAAAGAAUCAUGAUAGCACAUUAUCCAAAGGACAAGCUUAUCUGUUCCUAUGGAAGUGGAUAUGGAGGAAAUUCGCUUCUGGGCAAGAAGUGUUUUGCAUUGCGUAUUGCAAGUACAAUGGCUCGGGACGAGGGCUGGCUAGCUGAACAUAUGCUGAUUAUGGGCCUGACCGAUAAAUCAGGCAAGGAGGUGUUUGUGGCUGCGGCCUUUCCCAGCGCCUGUGGUAAAACCAACCUGGCCAUGCUGACACCCUCUAUACCAGGCUACAAAGUGAGAUGUGUUGGUGAUGAUAUAGCGUGGCUGAAGUUUGACAGUGAAGGUGUCCUGCGAGCUAUCAACCCUGAGAACGGGUUCUUUGGCGUGGCUCCUGGCACAAAUGCCAAGACAAACUCCAAUGCCAUGAAGUCCUUUGAGAAGAAUUCAAUCUUCACCAACGUGGGGAUGACCCGCGAUGGAGGGUUUUACUGGGAGGGGAUGGAGGAUGAAGUUGAGGAUAAGAAUAUAGGCAUCACAACUUGGCUCAACGAGAAGUGGCACAUCGGGGACCCAGGCAAAGCAGCACACCCUAACUCCCGCUUUACAUGUCCUGCAAGUCAGUGUCCCAUAAUCCAUCCUAAGUGGGAGGCCCCUGAAGGGGUACCUAUCAGCGCUAUCAUCUUCGGCGGACGGAGACCAACAGGUGUUCCUCUGGUAUUUGAGACUUUUAGCUGGGAGCAUGGAGUCAUGGUCGGGUCUUGUGUCAAGUCAGAAACCACUGCUGCAGCCGAACAUACAGGAAAGAACAUCAUGCACGACCCAAUGGCCAUGCGUCCAUUCAUGGGUUAUAACUUCGGACACUACCUCCAGCACUGGCUGGAUCUCAACAAAGCACCGCAUAAAAUGCCGAAAAUCUUCCAUGUAAACUGGUUCCGUGUGGGUGAACGAGGUCAGUUCCUAUGGCCUGGAUUUGGCGACAAUAUUCGUGUCCUUGAUUGGAUUGUGCGACGCUGUGCUGGCGACGAAAGCAUUGCUGUCAGAUCCCCAAUCGGUUUCCUCCCAAAGCAAGGGCAUUUAAACGUUGAUGGGAUUGAGGACUUUAACUGGAACGAACUGUUCAGUCUCCCGAAACACUACUGGUCAGACGAUGCUAGAGAGAGCAGGCGAUUCCUCGAGGACCAGGUUGGUCAAGAUGUCCCGCAAGAAAUCUGGAAUCAGUUAAACGCACAACAGACAAGAAUAGAGAAAGAUCUGUAGUUAAAAGUCACAAGCUAAUGCAAAAGGGUAACCAAUAUGAAGAGGAGAUAAACGAUGACGGAGAAAGACAAUUAUUAAACCGAAUGAGUAAGAUCUCUUUUGUUGAGGAAAACCUUAUGAGUAGAUGCACAUCGGAUAAGGAUAGAUAAAUGAUUGGCAGACAAAGAUAAAAUACAAGGGAGAUGACCUUGUUCUAGGGGAGAAAAAUUAAUAUGAUAUUUCUUUUUACAUGGAAUGUGUUAUGAAUUCAUUUGUUGAGAAAGAACAAGGCUCAAGCUGUUAGGUUCGUUUUUAUCUUUAUAAUUAUUAAUUAUUGAAUAUUAUCCAUGUACAAUUAGGUGUCCUAUACAACCUAAAAUAUAAAAUAUAAAAGCAUUUAUUAUCUACUUUAUUAUUAAUCACGAAAUUCUAUUUGAAAUAUAGUAUGACGAAUGCCAAUUGAGUCAAAACUAUUGAUGUGUAAUUGUACAUUUGAAAAUAUGUUUAUAUUUAACUUAUAGAUAUACGUGUAUGACGUUCUUAUAUCCAAGGUCAAAGACAUUUGCUGGUAUCUUCUUAGAAGUUUGUUAUUGUAAUCAUAAUCUUAGGUAAUUAUAAGCAAGUUAUCACUAUUUUUUUUAAUAUUUAAUGUUCAUUUUUCUUCAUUUAACAAUGUUUUUACACUGUUGUAGGAAUCUUAUGCAAUACCUAUCUACAUUGUCAUUUAGAUAACCAUAUAUCACGGAUAAUUUAAUGUCCAAAUGGUUCAAAUACUUCUAAUUUUCCAAUUUUGUAAUUAUAUACAUUUGCUUGGCAUUAUAUAGACUAAAUAUUAAUUACCAAAGUUAAUUCUGUUCAUUUCUCUUAAUGGUUAUUAUAAGAAAAUAACAUAAUAUGUAAAUUAAAUGCAUAAAAGUAAAUGGGGAUUUAAAACCCCUUCAAGGGAGAUAACUUCAUACUUUUUUCAGAACAUUUCCUACAAGAACAAAGACUAUUUUUUUGAUAAUACUGAGAACUAUGUCUUAUGCAUUAUUAAAUAUAAUCGAAAUUCAGAUAUGUCAAAUCUUAAAUAAAGUACUUAAAAGGUUUUCACUUGAUAAAUUUAAAUGUGGGCUCCACUCCAAUGCUAAAAAUCACGCAUAUUCUUCAUAUUUUGCAACACUGUUGCCAGACUGCAGACAGUAUUGGAAAUGAAAGCCUCAGCUCUUUAAGCUGAUAGCUUUUUUAUGCCGGAAAGAUCUUGGUCUAAGGUCGGAUGCGACCUUUUCACUAUACACGACAAAGACUAUAUGAUAUUAUCUGCUGACUAUAACUCAAAUUUCUUUGAAGUUGAUUAUCUCUCAGAAACUUCGUAAACUGCAAUAAUUUCGUAAAACAUUCCCUUAUAUCUGCUUGUGCAGACUUUGCCUAUUGUAGAAAUCACUACGACAAUUUUUGAAAUGUUGAAAAGAUACUUACAUUGGUCCCUAUUUAAUAAAAAUAAUGUUAUUAAAUAAUAAUGUAAAAGGUCAACAUAAAAUAUUCAUGCCAAUUCUGUAGUAACCCUCCAAAAGCAAGGAGUGGAUAUUUGCAAUUCAUUGUGAAAUAAAAUUGUUCAAUUAUGUCGACAGAUUGUGUAUUUUUAUGAGUAAUUUAUAGCCAAAUAUGGUAUGUGAACUAUGUUGAAUGUAUCUGUAGAUGUAAGUUGUAACUUAUUAAAUAUGUUUAGAGAAUA